UUGAGCCAUCCGAUGAUUCCAGUUUGUGUCCUUCAACUCGAAGGACCCUCCGACUCUUCCGCAGUUUACUUUUAGCGCGAAAUUUAAAAUGACGGAAGAUAAUUUAAAUUUCGACGUGGAAAAUAUAGAGUUUCAUAUAAUAACGCUGUUCGAAAAAUUGGAAGUUAUCAAGAAGGAAAAAUUAGCUGAGUUGGGGGCUUCGAAAAAAAUUGCGGUGCGUGUCGAGCUAAGGACUUUGGAGUUUUGGAAAUCGGUCAUAUCGGAAUGUUUAGCUUCUUUUAUUUAUGUUUUUAUCGUUUCUGGCGCUAAUGCAGCGUCCAGGAUGGGCAGUACCUCACCAUCCAAUAUUUUUAUGGUGACAUCAAUGUCGUCAGGGUUAACAAUGAUGUUUUUGACGCAAUUUUUUGGAAAUAUUUCAGGUGCCCAUAUAAAUCCAGCAGUUACCAUUGCAAUGGGCGUAAUCAAAAGAAUAUCUGUGCUCAGAUCUUGUUUGUUUAUUCUAGCUGAAUGUGGUGGUGGAAUUGCAGGAGCUGCAUUUUUGUACGGGGUUACCGUUCCAGGAUACCAUAGUUACCAGGACAAUCUCUCAUCGGCAAUUGGACAUCCAACAAAUAUCUUUACGUCCUUGGAACGGUUUGGCAUUGAGUUUACACUCACUUUUCUAGUCGUAUUCAGCUACUUUAUUGCAAUGGACACGUAUCGCAAAUACACAGGCAGUGGAGCUCUUACAAUUGGCGCUGCUUAUUGCGCCUGCUCCUUUGUUUUUAUGCCAUAUUUGAACCCUGCACGAGCUCUAGGCCCAUCGUUUGUGCUUAACAAAUGGGAAGCACACUGGGUUGACUGGCUAGGACCAAUUUGUGGUGGAAUCGCGUCCGGGCUAUGUUUCGAGUACAUCUUUAAUCCAAAUCGCGUGAAAAAAGUAAAACAGCCACGCGAAGAUGAGACUUCAAGCAUUCCUUCUGAUGAUGAGUUAAAUUAUGAUGACUUGGACAAACCCCAUAUACCUAAAUUCCAUGGUUCAACAUACAACACAUAUAGAUCUGCUACUGGCAUUGAAGCGAGAACUAAUUAUUGUGCUAGUUUGUUUUCCGCACCCCCAGCUAGACUAGAAAGGGUUGAGUCCAUAUAUGGGGGUACAAAGUCCUUAUGCAGAAGCCCACCCUUAACCAGGGCUAAUUUGAAUAGGUCUCAGUCGGUUUACACUAAAUCUAACACAGCAGUUAACAAGGAACUUCUGCCCAAGCCUGGUCCCUUGGUGCCUGCGCAAUCUCUUUAUCCCAUGCGCUUGAACCAGCAAAACCAUUUGCAAAAUCAAAAUGUGCAUAACCAAAUGCAACAAAGAUCGGAUAAGUACAUUGCCCGUGGCAUUACUCCUGGUACUAGUACUUCGAGAACCGACAACUACGGAACUUCGGAGAGGCAGAACAGGGAUUACUCAACAAAUGAGAGGCCGCGGAGGGAUAACUAUGCUCCCACGGAAAGCGCGUAUGGUACAAGAAAUAAUCCUGCUUCUAGUUCGGACAGCAGUGAGAAUAAUCCUCCUCAAAGGACUAGAAGGCCGGAAUCAGUUUACGCUAUGUUAGGUUCGCAAGCUAGAAGUGUACAGCAAAAGCAAAACGGGAGUCAGUAUCCGGAGGGGAGAAGUGUUGUUGGUGGAAAUACACAAGUACCUAGGUCGUCCCAGAACAGCCAAAUUUUAACUAGCAACUCGAACGCUUCAUAUCAUCAUCAGCAUUCGCCAAAUCCACAGUAUUAAUUUGUUAUGAUUUUCGGGAAGGGAAACAAAAAUACCUUAUUUAUCACAUUUUUUGAUAAA